AUGGUACACCACACUAUGAAUCCACUUGGUAAAAUGGUUAUGGCUUUGUUGUUGUUUGUACCGCUCGUAGAAUCAAUGGCUGUCAAUGGUUUAAAUCAACAAGUACAAAGGGACAUUGGGGCCAGCGCUGGUGGACAAGCACUGGAUUUAGCAUUUGUUAUGGACUGUACUGGAAGCAUGGGCUCGUAUAUAGAUACCGCCAGAAAACAUAUUCAGGCUAUUGUUGACGAAAUUGUGACUUCUUCUAACACCACCGUUCGCUUAGCUUUGAUUGAAUAUCGAGAUCAUCCUCCAGAGGAUAAUACCUUUGUUACAAAAACAUAUAAUUUCACAGAUUCCGUGUUCAUGAUGAAAAUUUGGCUAAAUGCUGCGCGCGCCACUGGAGGUGGGGAUGGUCCCGAGGCAGUGGCUGAAGCUUUGUAUAAAGCCACAAAACUGUCAUGGCGUCCAGAGGCUACCAAAAUAACUGUUCUGAUUUCUGAUGCACCUCCCCAUGGACUUGUUCCGUCACAAGACAGUUCGUUUCCCAACGGAUCUCCUACUGGGCACGAUCCAAUGAGGAUAGUUCGUGACUUAGCUCAAAUGGGGGUGACCUUAUAUAUCAUUGGUUGUGAACCAGCUAUUCUUCCAUAUAAAGACUUUUUCAUGGCACUUGACUAUUUGGCCGGUGGGCAAUAUGUACCUCUGUCGAGACCAGAACUUCUGGUUGAUGUUAUAACAGGUGGCGCACAAGAAGAACUGUCGAUUCAGAAAUUUGAAAAGCUCGUGCAGGUUGAGGUCCAGAAAACUAUUGCAGCAGGAGGCACUGUUGAUAAACAGAAAAUUUCACAAACUGUAUACAACGAGCUAGUUAAUUCGGGAGCAACAUCGACUCAUUUGUUAUUAAACAAUGCGACGUUAGAAGGCACAACGGAUGCCGCAAAACAAAUAGCAUCGGCUACAUCUAUGGCGGAAGUACGACUCCAUUUCCAUAUGGCAACUGCAAAACCUUACACGUAUCCAACAUAUGUUCCAGGACACCCCGUUUUUUAUCCAACUUAUGCUCCAGGACACGCAGUUUUUUAUCCAACGGCUGCUCCAGGAUAUAAAGCUCCAGGAGGAACGUUUACAGGAACAGGAACAGGAGCGUUAACAGGGUCAGGAGGAUCCGGUUCCGGUACCGGGGACACAUAUAGUGCUGUUCAUUCGGGAAUAAGUGUUGACCAAGUCGACAGAUUAGUACAGAAAGUUCUUGGUUGAUUUCACAUUAAAUAGAGGACGUUUUAUCGUGAUUAAAAGGAUUAUAAUAUAAAUAAGUUCAUAAAUCAUAAUAUAAUCAAAGAAGAAGGUAAUUAAACCAAUUAUCUGCAUAUUUGAUUUGCCUAGAUUUUACGGAUAAAUAUAAGCUUUUAACGUCACUUAAAAACCUUUUUGGCUGUCGUCGUAUACUGUCCUAACAACUUCUUAUAAACUUUAUAGCUUUAUUGACGGAUGCGUCUGUGAAAAAUAAAUUUGGUAGUACUAUAUGUGAUUAAAUGGUUCUUUCAUGACAAAUCCAUGAUACUUUAGUUAGUUGAAUCCAACGUCGCGUCCAUCACCUCGUGACAAAAAUGUUGGCAUCAUGGUAACUUCCAAUAAUCCAGUCAAACUAAGUUUUAACCCCAAAUUAAUUGCUACAGAAAAUGUUUAAUUUCAAAUAUAUAGCAUAAAGCCCUAAAUAUUCACAGAAAAAGUCCCAUACAAUCUAACUUGAGGAAAGAAAAUUCAAGAUCAGCAUUUUUAAUAUCCUAUAUAGAAAUUAACAUUGGAAGGGGAGGUAACUCCACAAAAAUGAGUCUCUUUUUGUCAGUUUUUGGUUGAUUUUCUUAAAAUUUAUUUGAGUAUGAUACAUUGACGGGAUUAUAAGUUCGUAUUUGGCUAUAUUAUAUAGUUUUCUG